GGAUGGAGGCCUAGGAGGACUUUAAUAUUUGCAAGUUGGGAUGCAGAGGAGUUUGGAUUGCAGGGAUCUACAGAAUGGGCAGAGGAUAACGCCAAGCUGCUGCAGGAGAGAGCUGUGGCUUACAUUAAUGCCGACUCUGCCAUUGAGGGAAUGUACACACUGAGGGUUGACUGCACUCCGUCUCUACACACGCUGGUGUAUGACCUCACCAAACAGAUAGCCAGUCCAGAGGAAGGAGAGGAAGGAGUUUCUUUGUACGAGAGUUGGCAUAAGAGGGACAACUGGACGGAUAACCGUGAUGCACCCAGGAUCAGUAAACUGGGGUCAGGCAGUGACUUUGAGGCCUAUUUUAUCCGUCUGGGAAUUGCUGCAGGCAGAGCCAGAUACACCAAGAACAAGGUGAGACACGCUGACUGA